AUGCUUUCUAAUACCACUAUUUGUUCGCCUGCAACUAUACCACCCCCUGUGGUUUUUGGAGCUGACAUUCUCUCACUCUCCGCAACCUGGGUUCAAAAUUACACACUAAACGUGCCUACUUCCUUCAACUACAACCAUGGAGAUGUUGCGCUUCAAAACACUGAGUUUUGGAAUGUGACCAUCACAUACACCCACCCUGGGCAUGAUGACCGCAUUACCGUUGAGACAUGGCUGACUGGCACUUGGAAUGAACGAUUGCAAGCCACAGGAGGAGGAGGCUGGUCCGCUGGCCAGUUUGUGUUGUCAGACUUUUUCAUGCCAGGGGCUGUUGGAGAGGGAUAUGCCGCUACAACAACGGAUGCUGGACUGGGGAGUGCAGGAUCCCCGGAACCUUGGGCUAUGACAAGCCCAGGUAACGUCAAUCUCUACAGCCUUCAAAACUUAGGCUACGUUUCAUUGAAUGACCAGGCGACCAUUGGAAAGAGCCUUGUCAAAAGCUUCUACAGCAAGGACCCUGAGUAUUCGUACUGGAGUGGCUGCUCUCAAGGUGGAAGACAAUAG